AUGAAUAAGGGAGAAACAAAAACAAAGAGUGCAUGUCCAUCUGGAGAGAUUGGUAUGCGAGCAGACCCGCAGAAUGCAGCCAAGAAGCUAGUCUGGUGGAAGGAGCCAAGCAAAGGAUACCAUCUGGGCCAAGUUGUUGCAGAGGAUCAAGAGCAGGCAGAGAUAGUAGUAGGUGAAAAAAGAUUCACUGCAGAGUGGAAGAAUCUGCAGAAAGCAAACCCUUCUAAGUUUGACCUGGUGGAUAACAUGGCACAUCUGUCGUAUCUGAACGAGCCAAGCAUCCUGCAUAACCUAAAGCAAAGGUAUUUUGCAGAGAUGCAGUACACGUACUCAGGCCUCUUUCUUGUCGCAGUCAACCCAUACAAAAAUCUACCAAUAUACACAAAGGAAUUUGUGCAGAAAUAUUCUCUUGUGUAUAAAAGAGAGGAUGAACCACCCCACAUAUACGCUGUGGCAGGAGAGGCAUACCACCUGAUGCGAAAUACAUCCACCCCGCAGACCAUUCUUAUCACAGGAGAGUCUGGUGCUGGAAAGACAGAAAACACAAAGCAUGCAAUUGCAUUCCUUACAAAGGUAAGUGGAGAACUUUCACAGGGUGCGUGCAUUCUGGAGGAGCGCCUUCUUUACACAAACCCUCUGCUGGAGGCCUUUGGAAAUGCCCAGACAGAGAAGAAUGACAACAGUUCCAGGUUUGGCAAGUUCAUCCGGAUUGAGUUUGGGGCAAAUGGCGAGAUAGUUGGGGCCUUUGUAGAGAGAUACCUGCUUGAGUCCUCUCGAGUCACAAGCCAGGCAAGUGGAGAGCAGAACUACCACGUAUUUUAUGCGCUGACAAGGCACGCAGACCAAAGCACACUGGAUGCACUGAAACUGCACCGUAACAAGGCGUACAAGAUACUUGGUGCUGCACAGGGCGGUAUAGACACGCCUCUUAGCGAAGUCUACAGGUCAAUGGACAUCCUUGGGUUCACACAGGAGAACCAGGAGAAGAUAUUCAAAAUACUUGCUGCAAUUAUACACCUGGGAGAAGUUGAGUUUGUCCAGGAGAGUGCAUGCGUAGACAUACGCGCAGAAUGCACUGAAGACUUUGCAGCAGCUGCAAGCCUUCUGGGAGUAGACGCCCUUCGUCUGAAAGAGACUCUUCUGCGCCCAAAGAUACGGGCUGGCUCAGAGGUAGUUGUGCAUGGAAGAACCCCACAGGAGGCAAGCUUUACAGUCUCGUCCCUGUGCAAAGUGCUUUAUGAAAGACUUUUCAGCUGGAUUGUCCAUCUGGUGAAUGCAUCCCUGCGGACAACACAGCACGCCCAGUCUUACAUUGGAGUCCUUGAUAUUGCAGGGUUUGAAAUCCUUGGAAAUAACGGCUUUGAGCAGCUCUGCAUUAAUUACACAAAUGAGAAGCUGCAGCAGUUCUUCAACCACAGAAUGUUCGUUUUAGAGCAGGAAACGUACCUACAGGAAGGCCUUGAGUGGGAUGUGAUUGACUUUGGUCUUGACUUGCAACCGACAAUUGACCUGCUGGAGACCCCAGGGACAGGAAUAUUCUCAAUCCUUGAUGAAGAGUGCGUUCUCCCAGGAGGCUCAGGUGAAAGACUUCUUCGGAAGAUUUCUUCUGUCUGGGACUCGCACAGCAAGUUCUCCAUUCCAAAGGUACGCAGUGGCUUUGCAAUUACGCACUAUGCAGGGGAAGUUAAGUACCGCGAGGACGGGUGGAUUGCAAAAAAUAAAGAUCCGCUGGAUGAAGACAUUGCGUCUCUUAUGCUGGGAGCACGCGGUCCAAUUCCCUCAGAGUCUGCUAGAUCUGGCCUCACAGCAACCAGAUUCCGCACAGUCGCACAGGGCCACAAAGAACAGCUUGCUGGCCUUCUGAAGAUGCUGCACUCCACUAACCCGCACUUUGUGAGAUGCAUCCUACCAAACCGCGCAAAGAAACCCGGGAUAUUUGAUGAUGCCCAGGUUCUGCACCAGCUGCAGUGCAAUGGUGUCCUGGAGGGAGUGCGCAUCUCGCGGCAAGGAUUCCCCACCCGAAUUGAGUUCCGUGAGUUUACACAGAGAUACGCUCUGCUCUCACGCACUGGAAAGGAGCAUAUUCUGCCUGCAGAGAAGGGAGCCAUUGCCCUUCUCACAGAACUAGGAAUUCCUUCAAGCCUGUUCAAAAUAGGACGCACCCGCCUGUUCCUGCGCCAGGGAGUUCUUGCAGACCUGGAAGACCACAGAAAUGGAAAGAUCUCCGGAGUCAUUACAGAGCUGCAGAAGAGACUUAGAGUCCUUCUCUCUGAGAAUCUGGAAACCCUUCGCACGCAAAGAGCACAGGCAGUUUCCCUCCUGCAGAAGAACAUAAAGAUCUACGCAUCUGUGCGUAACUGGUCAUGGUGGAAGCUCUGCAUGAAAGUGCGCCCUCUCCUUGAAGUGCGCAAGUCAGAAGAUGAGAUCAGGGAAAGAGACAUAAAGAUUGCAAGGCAGUCUGCGCAGAUACAAGACCUGCUUGACAGAAUCAGCACACUUGAGACAGACUACAGCCUGGCAGAGCAGCAGGCACAGAGUGCAAUUGCCCAGCACAAAAGAGAAGAAAUUCAGGCAGCACACGCACGCGCAGAGGCAGAAAAAGAAAUCCAGGAGAUCCGGGCAGAGCUGACCACAGCACAGAGCGCCCUGACUAAGUCUGUUAUUCACACGCGGGAAAUGCAGCAGAACGUAGCAGACCUUGAGAAGAAAGUUGAGCACGCCAGGAAGGACGCAGCUUCAGUUGCCACAAAGAAGCUCCUUGCAGAGCUGGCAGAACUGAAGGCACUCCAUGCAGAGACCCUCCAGAAAAAUGCAGAGAUGCAGAAGCAGAUUCUUGAGGCCGCAAAUAAGCAGGGCCUAGUAGAGCAGGAGAGAGAUAUCCUAGCACACGAAAGAGAUGCUGCCUUGGAGAAAAACAGAAAAAUGCACACAGAGAUGGAAGACCUACAGAAUGAAAUUAAGGUGACAGAGUCCCUCAGAUACAAAGGAGAAGUAGCCCUGCGCAACAGUGAAGGCGAACUUGAAAGACUUGAGUCACUGCUCUCCUUUGAGCGCGAAAAGCUGCACAGACUUAAUGAAGCAUUCAAAAAGUCCUCUGUUCCUGCCCCUGCACCUGCUCCUAUUGUUGUUCCCCCCAGGGAGAAUAAAGAGGAAAUAUCCCGGCUGCAAAAAGACCUGGACCAUGAGCGAGAAAGGGCUACAAUUAGACAGAGGGAAUAUGAAGAGCUGAAGAAGGAGUAUAUUGACUUGGUUGAUGAGAAGCUUGGGGCAAUGAUCUCAGAUAAGCAGAAGCUUGAUGCAGAAAUGAAAAAGCUGCAGCACACAGUGGCACACGGGCAUCUAAAGCAGCAGCAAGCAGAAGAGGCAAUUGCAGAGCUGAAGGCAGAAGUGCAAAAGGCAGAAGAGAAUAUGGAGAGUGAAAGAAGUAAGAACAAAGCACUUGCCAGGGAAAUAGUCCUCAGAAAGGAGAAGGAGAUUGACCUGGCGCAGGAACUUGCUUCUGCCAGACAGGAGGUAUCCUCUCUGCUUGAUGGGCAAGAAAGAGCAAAACACACAGCAGAGAUUGAAAAUGAUAGGCGUGAUAAGAUGCACUCAUCUGUGGUGGCUGAAGUAAAGGCACUUGUUCGUUAUGUUGAUGACCUUCUGGUAAACGUACAGUCUGUCUCAUCGCAGGUGACUCUGUCCAUGCAGGUUGUGGCUAUGUAUAAGGCCGAGAUGGCAAAACUCUCUGCUGAGAUAGUUGAGUCUGCACGUGUAAAAGGGAAAAUGCAGCAGCAGAUUGCACGGGCACAGGUACGGGAGAAAGAUGCAGAGCAUGCACUGCAACUGGCAGUCUCUCAAGUCCAAGCUCUAUCACAGGAGAAGGAGAACAUGCUUGCAGAACUGGAGACAGAGCUGCACGACCAAAGAGAAAGACACGAAACUGCAGAAAUCGACUGGCAGGCAGAAAGAAAGAACCUUCUUGCAGGAAAGAGAAAGCUUGAAAGAGAGAUAAAGGAAAAGGAAAGAGCGAACACAGGCCUGCUUCUAGCACAGCAGGAGAGAGAUCUCUUACAGAAGAAGCUUGUGCUAGCACGGGAAGAAGUGCAGAAGGCAACAGAAGAAAAGGAAGGUGCAUGCGCUGAGCUAAUGAAAAAGAUACAGUCUGUGGCUGCUCUGCUCUCUAAAGAAAAAGCAGAAGCCUGCAAGUACAAACGAGAGGCACAGGCAGUGCGCGAGUCUGCUGCCCGAGCUGAAAGUGCCUUAAAGGAGGCGCGUGCAAAGGAAACAGCAGAUGCUGAGGCACUCUCCCGAAUGGAGGAGACAAUGGCAGGCCUUCUAGGCCGAGAAAAAGAAUGUGCUUUGGAGAUGCAAAGACUUGAGCUGGAAAUAUCUUCAAUGAAGCUGAUUGGAAAGACAAAUGAGCUGCAAGCGCAAUCAACAGAAGAAAUUCAAUAA